AUGGAAGGAGGGCGGAGGAGGCUGCUGCCAGGAGGAUGGAAGGAGGGCGGAGGAGGCUGCUGCCAGGAGGAUGGAAGGAGGGCGGAGGAGGCUGCUGCCAGGAGGAUGGAAGGAGGGCGGAGGAGGCUGCUGCCAGGAGGAUGGAAGGAGGGCGGAGGAGGCUGCUGCCAGGAGGAUGGAAGGAGGGCGGAGGAGGCUGCUGCCAGGAGGAUGGAAGGAGGGCGGAGGAGGCUGCUGCCAGGAGGAUGGAAGGAGGGCGGAGGAGGCUGCUGCCAGGAGGAUGGAAGGAGGGCGGAGGAGGCUGCUGCCAGGAGGAUGGAAGGAGGGCGGAGGAGGCUGCUGCCAGGAGGAUGGAAGGAGGGUGAAGGAGAGUGCUGUAGGAGGAUGGAAGGAGGGCGGAGGAGGCGGCUACCAGGAGGAUGGAAGGAGGGCGGAGGAGAGUGCUGCCAGGAGGAUGGAAGGAGGGCGGAGGAGGCUGCUGCCAGGAGGAUGGAAGGAGGGCGGAGGAGGCUGCUGCCAGGAGGAUGGAAGGAGGGCGGAGGAGGCUGCUGCCAGGAGGAUGGAAGGAGGGCGGAGGAGGCUGCUGCCAGGAGGAUGGAAGGAGGACGGAGGAGGCUACUGCCAGGGGGAUGGAAGGAGGGCGGAGGAGGCUGCUGCCAGGAGGAUGGAAGGAGGGCGGAGGAGGCUGCUGCCAGGAGGAUGGAAGGAGGACGGAGGAGGCUGCUGCCAGGAGGAUGGAAGGAGGGCGGAGGAGGCUGCUGCCAGGAGGAUGGAAGGAGGACGGAGGAGGCUACUGCCAGGGGGAUGGAAGGAUGGCGGAGGAGGCUGCUGCCAGGGGGAUGGAAGGAGGACGGAGGAGGCUGCUGCCAGGAGGAUGGAAGGAGGACGGAGGAGGCUACUGCCAGGGGGAUGGAAGGAUGGCGGAGGAGGCUGCUGCCAGGGGGAUGGAAGGAGGGCGGAGGAGGCUGCUGCCAGGGGGAUGGAAGGAGGGCGGAGGAGGCUGCUGCCAGGAGGAUGGAAGGAGGGCGGAGGAUGGCUGCUGCCAGGGGGAUGGAAGGAGGGCGGAGGAGGCUGCUGCCAGGGGGAUGGAAGGAUGGCGGAGGAGGCUGCUGCCAGGGGGAUGGAAGGAGGGCGGAGGAGGCUACUGCCAGGGGGAUGGAAGGAUGGCGGAGGAGGCUGCUGCCAGGGGGAUGGAAGGAGGACGGAGGAGGCUGCUGCCAGGAGGAUGGAAGGAGGGCGGAGGAGGCUACUGCCAGGGGGAUGGAAGGAUGGCGGAGGAGGCUGCUGCCAGGAGGAUGGAAGGAGGGCGGAGGAGGCUACUGCCAGGGGGAUGGAAGGAUGGCGGAGGAGGCUGCUGCCAGGGGGAUGGAAGGAGGACGGAGGAGGCUGCUGCCAGGAGGAUGGAAGGAGGACGGAGGAGGCUACUGCCAGGGGGAUGGAAGGAUGGCGGAGGAGGCUGCUGCCAGGGGGAUGGAAGGAGGACGGAGGAGGCUGCUGCCAGGAGGAUGGAAUGAGGGCGGAGGAGGCUGCUGCCAGGAGGAUGGAAGGAGGGUGGAGGAGGCUGCUGCCAGGAGUAUGGAAGGAGGGCGGAGGAGGCUGCUGCCAGGAGUAUGGAAGGAGGGCGGAGGAGGCUGCUGCCAGGAGGAUGGAAGGAGGACGGAGGAGGCUACUGCCAGGGGGAUGGAAGGAGGGUGGAGGACACCGCAUCUUUUUACGACACACGGAAUCAUUAAAUGA